AUGUUCAUAAUUGUGGAGAAACUAAAGCUCAUUAGCAAGGAAGUCAAAGGCUGGAAUAGGACUACCUUCGGGGAUAUUUUCAAAAAAAAGAAGGGUCAGGGCUCCAGACUGGAACAACUUCAGAACAUAAUGGCUACUGGUAAACCCCCGAACCCUAUCUUGAUGGAGGAAGAGGACUGUCAUAAUAAUUGGAAGGAUAUCCUCUUUGAGGAAGUGUACUGGAAGCAAAGAUCCAGAAUUCAGUGGCUGAAGGAAGGGGACAUAAAUUUCGCCUUCUUCCAUAGAUCAGCCUGCAUUCACAAGAGAAGGAACCAUAUCAAAAGUAUCAAGGAUGAUUCUGACCAGGAGAUCACUAGAGAUUCUCUAAUUAGACAAUGUGCUUCUGAUUUUUUCACAAGGUUAUACACGGGGGUUGGAGGAAGGGAUGCGCCUCUACAAGAUAGCCUUGUGAGUAAGCUUCCGACUGUCGUUGAGGAGGAGGAUAACUAUCAACUAACUGCCCCUAUCUUUGCAGAAGAAGUCCGCCUAGCUAUCUUUGCUAUGGGGGCUUAUAAGGCCCUAGAUCCGGAUGGUUUCCCCUCAGUGUUCUUUCAGGAUUACUGGGACAUUGUUAGCUAUGAUGUCACCAAAGAUGUGCAUGAUAUCUUUAAGACUGGGAAAUUGCUGAAGAAAAUCAACAACACUUACAUUGUUCUUGUCCCUAAGACUUUCUAUAAUGCAAACACCAAGAAGUGCAUAGAUGAUAAAGGCAGAACAGUAAUAGAUUUGUCAGUAGAUAUGCUAGGCUUUGUAUUUGGUAUUCCUUCAAGGGAUGAAGUAUUGUUGACUAUUGAGGAGGAAGUUGCAAACAUAUGGGAUAAGGAUAUUGCUUCCUAUAAAAGAUACAUGAAUGAAAAUUUGCUCGAAGAAGAGAGGAAGACAGGGUUGAAGGCUAGUGACAUUCUAAGGGCUGAUUUUAAAGAGCCGCAGCGGGACCUAAUAAUCAUGUUGAGCAAGGUCUUUGGUAUUCUAGAUUGUCAACAUUUUCAAAAUGGAACAAAGAGAAUAUCCCUGAAAAAAGGAACAAAGGGUGAACAUGAAGAACACCACUGA